GCCCCUGUGUGUUCUAGAGAGGGAGUAAAGAGUGAUUGAGUGGGAAAAAAAAUCAUUCUUGUAGAGUUUAUAUAACUCCUCUCGAUCAUGGUGAUGUAAAUUCUUGAAAGGUUUAAUUUAAGUUUUUCAAUUUGGGUUUUUUAAUUUUCAGGGUUUCUAGGGUUUGGUGAAGGGCUUAAAGCUUUGAUCUUUAUUGAAAAGUGAUGCAAUGCAACACUCUUCCGGCAACUCCUCUUUUGGUCCUUCAGAGAUCAAGUCAAUAAAAGUAUCUAAUGAGGAAGGUGGUCCUGAAGAACUUGGAAUAUUGCCAGGGUCUGACGGUUAUAAUGCCUUGAGCGACACCACUCUUUUCUCAAGCUCAUUACCUGUUCUUCCGCAUGGAAAAUUGAAACUAAAUAAUGCAGAAGAUGGUUUUCAAUCUGUUGAUGAUAUAUCUUCAACCUUGAACAAAGUAAUCACUGAGGGAGAUCCAGAAUUUCUUGGAAAUGAUGAAGAUCAUGCAAUUGGCAACUUGCUUCCUGAUGAUGAGGAUGAGCUUUUAGCUGGUAUAAUUGAUGGUUAUGACCGCUCUGGCUUUCCUAAACAUUUGGAUGACUUGGAAGAUUAUGAUCUUUUUGGAAGUGGAGGAGGUUUAGAGUUGGAACCUGAUGCACCUGAUAAAUUGAUUCGGGGAGUAUCAAGAAUCGGUUUGUCCGAUAGUCUCGUUGGCAAUGGGAUGGUUCAGUACAGUCUCUCAAAUGGUGUGGGAGUUGUUGCUGGAGAGCAUCCAUAUGGUGAGCACCCUUCGAGAACUCUAUUUGUUCGCAACAUAAAUAGUAAUGUGGAAGAUUCAGAGCUGCGAACAAUGUUUGAGCAAUAUGGCGAUAUAAGGACUCUAUACACUGCGUGCAAACACAGGGGUUUUGUGAUGAUAUCUUACUACGAUAUUCGUGCUGCUCGUACUGCUAUGCGGGCAUUACAAAACAAGCCACUACGAGGAAGGAAGCUGGAUAUUCACUUUUCAAUCCCAAAGGAUAACCCUUCAGACAAGGACAUGAAUCAAGGGACUUUGGUAGUUUUUAAUCUGGAACCAUCAGUUUCAAAUGAUGACCUUUUUCAAAUAUUUGGUGCUUAUGGCGAAGUUAAAGAGAUUAGGGAAACACCACACAAGCGGCAUCAUAAGUUUGUUGAGUUUUUCGAUGUUAGAGCCUCUGAAGCAGCACUUAGAUCCCUAAACAGGAGUGACAUUGCUGGGAAGCGCAUAAAGCUUGAACCUAGUCGACCAGGAGGAGCUCGUCGAAACCUGAUGUUGCAACUCAGUCAAGAUCUCGAACAUGAUGGUUCUCGGAGUUUUCGACUUCAAGUGGGCCCCUCAAUAACCAACUCUCCGCCAGGUAAUUGGUCCCUAUACGACAAACCCAUCGAGAACACUUCUCUACAAUCUCUUGCUAGAUCACCUGUUCUUGCUUCAAUGAGCCCUGCUGUUGGUAAUAGCUCACCUAAGUUAGCUUCCGUUCUGCAUCCUCAGUUAUCAAACCCCAGAAAGAUAGCACCAAUUGGCAAGGAUCUUGGAAGGGGUAGUCAUGGAGAUCAUACUUAUAUAAAUGGGAACCUAAAUCAAGGAUUUGGUUUUCAACAUUCACAUUCACUUCCAGAGCCGAAUGUGAAUCAAUUUUCAGCCACAUCCGCUUUUGGUGCUUCAAAUGGAUCUGGCAUUGGAACAUUAUCUGGUCCACAGUUUCUUUGGGGAAGUCCUAACUUGACAGCAGAGCAGUCUAAUUCAUCCAUGUGGCGACCACCACCAGUAAACCAACCAUUUAAUUCUAAUGGACAGUAUCCUGGCUUUACAUAUGCUGGCAAUCGUGGUUCUAUCAUCGGUUCAUCUCAGCCCCCUCAACAGCAUCAUCUUCACCAUGUUGGAUCGGCUCCCUCUAAUGUUCCUUUUGAAAGGCAUUUUAGUCCCUACCAGGACUCCCCAGACGCUUUAUUUAUGAAUCGUCCUGCUUUUGGAGGCACGGGUUUGAGUCACAUUGAUAAGAAUUUUAUGGGUCCCCGUAGUUCUGGGAAUGCCUUCUUGCCAGAAAACGGUUCCCCAAGUUUCGGCAUGGUGUCUUCUGCAAGGCCAAAUCCUAUGUUCCUUGGAAAUGGUCAUUACCAAGGGGUAUCACCCAUCAACACUGAAGUUUCAACUGAACGUGGUAGGAGCAGGCGUCUAGAUCAAAAUGCAAGCCAGAUAGACAACAAGAAACAGUUUCAGUUGGACCUGGAAAAGAUUCUUAAUGGAGGGGAUACAAGGACAACUCUAAUGAUUAAAAAUAUCCCCAACAAGUACACCUCAAAGAUGUUGCUAGGUGCUAUUGAUGAUAAUCACAAGGGUACUUAUGAUUUUUUCUAUCUGCCCAUUGAUUUUAAGAACAAAUGCAAUGUCGGUUAUGCAUUUAUCAACAUGCGGUCCCCAGCGCAUAUUAUCCCAUUCUACCAGGAAUUUAACGGGAAGAGGUGGGAGAAGUUUAAUAGCGAGAAGGUUGCUUUUUUGGCAUAUGCUCGAAUCCAAGGCAAGGAUGCCCUUGCAACCCACUUUCAAAACUCGAGCUUGAUGAAUGAAGAUAAACGCUGCAGGCCUAUACUUUUUCAUUCAGACGGCACAGAGGCUGGUGAACAGGUCAAUGAAGACUCUCUCCCAUCAAGUAGCUUUAAUGUUCAAAUAGCUCGGUCAAAGUUGUCAGAGUCAGGCCCGAGAGAAUCUCCUGGUAGUGCUGUGAAGGAUGGUGCAGGUGGGGGGAACUCUUCUAUAGAAGAAAUCUAAAGAGGAUGCAUGGAAGCAGCUAGCAGCUGCUGUCCUGUAUAUAUUAUAUGUGUCAAAUAGGAAGUAAGCAAAGUAAAUGGCUUUGUACAAGUACAGUGAAAAGGAGGGAGGUAUAAUUUUUAAAAAAAAAAACACAAAAGCUUCUGAUUGAUGCUGAGAUGAUAACCGGGCUUUGACAGAAACAGCUGAGAAUAAAUCUGAUUUCUAUGUAAUGUAGUUUAUGUAGUAUCUUGGGAUAUGUCUUUGGCAAGUCGGAAUUUUGGGUUUGGUCAUAAUUUAGAACUGGGGCGCUUCAGAGAUUUGAUACCUGAGCAAAUACCAGUUUAACUGGCUUUUGUAUAUUAUUAUUUUAGGUGACUUGUUUAAUUUC